GUACUAGACUUGUACUUUCGUAUCUCGUACGACAAUACAAAGUACCAAGAUACAUUGAAGACAACCCCGGCCCGCUAAGCGUCGACCUCGGCUCACCUGUGCACGAAUCAGAGCGUUAGCAUUUUCAAAGUCCAGGACCUCGACUCGGCCUAGGAAGUAGCAAGGUCAGCUAGGAUAAUCUCGUCGCAACGAAAUAUCAAUCCCCGACAUUCCUCUUUACUUUUAAUUCUUUCCGUCUUAAGAACUUACGAACUUCUUCUCUUUUACAUCCUCAUCUCCUUUUUUUCCUCCUGCCUCUACUACCAUAUCCCCAUUUUCUACGCAAGUAGCUCGGCAGUGUACUGUAUAUAUACAUCUCAUAUAACCAAUCAAAAUGGCGCCGAGAGUAAUUGUUGUCGGUGGUGGCUUGUCCGGCUUGAGUGCUGCGCACACGAUUUACCUAGCAGGUGGAAAUGUAGUAGUCCUUGACAAGCAAGGCUUCUUCGGAGGAAACUCGACAAAGGCUACAUCCGGUAUCAACGGUGCUUUAACGCGGACACAGGUCGACCACAAAAUCCAAGACAGCGUAAAGCAAUUCUACGAUGAUACCCUCAAAUCCGCACGAGACAAGGCGAGACCCGACCUCAUUAAGGUCCUCACUUACAAAUCUGCCGCUGCCGUUGAAUGGUUACAAGAUGUAUUCAACUUAGAUUUAACAUUAGUUUCGCGACUUGGUGGACACUCCCAGCCCAGGACGCAUAGAGGGCACGAUGCCAAGUUCCCCGGUAUGGCUAUCACAUACGCUCUAAUGCAAAGAUUAGAGGAGCUAGCCGAGACCGAACCCGAGCGAGUGCAAAUAAUCAAGAAGGCUCGUGUCACAAGUUUAAAGAAGGAGGGUAACAAGAUCACCGGUGUUGAGUACGAGUCAGGUGGCGAGAACAGCGUUGUUGAGGGACCCGUUGUUCUAGCUACGGGUGGUUAUGCUGCGGAUUUCGGCGACAACUCGCUAUUGAAGCAGCACCGACCCGAUACUUUCGGCCUCUCCACCACUAACGGUUCGCACGCGACCGGUGACGGACAGAAGAUGGUCAUGGCCAUCGGAGGAAACGGAAUUGAUAUGGACAAGGUUCAGGUCCACCCCACGGGUCUCGUUGACCCCAAGGACCCCGGCUCAAAGUGGAAGUUCUUGGCCGCUGAGGCUCUACGUGGUGAGGGUGGUCUCCUACUUAACGCCGAUGGUGACCGAUUCUGUGACGAGUUAGGCCACAGAGAUUACGUCUCUGGCAUGAUGUGGAAGGAGAAGGACAAGGGCAAGUUUCCCAUCCGAUUAAUCCUUAACUCCAAGGCCUCCAACACCCUGGACUUCCACACCCGCCAUUACUCUGGCCGUGGAUUGAUGAAGAAGAUGACCGGCAAGGAGCUCGCUAAGGAAAUUGGCUGCUCUCCCGAGCACCUCCAAAAGACCUUCACCACAUACAACGCUAUCGCCGAUGGCAAGCAAAAGGACCCUUGGGGCAAGAAGUUCUUCCACAACAUGCCCCUGGAUAUCAACGACGACUUCCACGUCUCAUUGAUGGAGCCCGUCCUACAUUUCACUAUGGGUGGUAUUGAGAUCAACGACAAGGCGCAAGUCCUGAACAAGGAACAGAAGCCCUUCGAGGGUCUCUUCGCCUGUGGUGAAUUGGCCGGUGGUGUUCACGGUGCCAACCGUCUUGGUGGAUCCUCGCUACUUGGUUGCGUUGUCUACGGUCGUGUUGCCGGUGACUCCGCCAGCAACUACCUCUUCCAACAAGCACUCACGGGUGCCGGCGGCGCCGCGCAACGUCUCGGCCAGAUCUCGUUACACAUCGACCCCUCGCAGCCGGGAAAGGUAUCCGUCGAAUGGGGUAACGGCGCGGUCGGCUCGUCCGGCUCUUCAUUGCCCGCGACGGGUCAACAGACGAGCGCGGCUGGGCCUACGCCCACCGCCGACGGCGGUAAGUCUUCCCAACCGGCUGCGAAGCCCCAAAGCGCUAAGAAGUUCGAGGUGCCUGAGAAGGAGUUCUCAAUGGAAGAGGUAGCCAAGCACAACAAGAAGGAAGAUUUAUGGGUUGUCGUUAAGGGUGUCGUUUUAGAUGUUACGAAUUGGUUGGAUGAGCAUCCUGGUGGACCCCAGGCUAUUAUGAAUUUCAUGGGUAGAGAUGCGACGGAGGAGUUUGAGAUGUUGCAUGAUGAUGAGGUCAUCCCGAAGUAUGCGCCCCAGCAGGUUAUUGGACGGGUUAAGGGGCAGGAGGUUACACUGGAGAUCUAGAAAUCUCCUGGGUACCUGUUUUUGUCUCAUUACCCUGUCUAACUACCUCCUGGACAAAAAGCUUGGGCGGCGCUGAGGGAUCAUUGUGUUUUAUAUCGAUUUGGCAAGUGUUGAUUUUGUUUACUUAUCUACCCUCGUGCGAAAUAUGGCGAGGCUGCCUUCGAGCCGAUUAUGGGCUAGGCUGUAUUGAUAUGAGAUAUUUAUCUGUCUAUCUAGCAUUGUUUUGGAUGCGCUGUGGUAUUUAUCAAGGAAUAUAUUAUUUCGAUCCCAGUA